AUGAAAAGAAAAGCUUUAGCUUUAGCUGAUUCUAAAAUCAGGCCAGUUUCCGGGAACAAAGAGCCUCCUGUUAGUUCUGCUUCUGUUAUCGGAGCUAGUGAACAAGAACUUAACUGUCUCAUCUCAUCAAUACAUCCUAGACUACGAUACAAGUCUGCAAAUGUGCUUCGUCAUAGUCUUGGUAGUACUUUACGAGACUCCAACAGUGUUAGUCCAAAUUCAAGUUUGUUGAAAAAUCGGGCAUUGGAUAGAAACAUGAUUUCCCCUACUCAUAGAACUGUUGAGUCGGAACCUGUUGUAGAAACCUUGGUACAAGCUAAUGCUGGAACUGUGGUUCGUCCAGCUGGAAUAUUGGAGGCUAAUGUAGAUCUGCAGCCUAUUGAGUUGUCAACUAAGGAAUUACUUGAGCUAAAACCAAUGAAAUGUGAACCAAUCCAAGAAAUAUCCGUGACAUCCGAUGUGACUGGUGGGGACUUAUCUACUCUGUCUGAUAUUGCUGCUAAAAAUUCUCAAGAUCAGGCAAAUGCUGAUAUUGCUGCUAAAGAAUGUUAUGGUUAUGAUUAUGAAUUUGAUGGUCAUUAUGCUUUUGCGGGACGUGUUAGUGGGGACGAUGUAUAUGAAGAUGGUGAGAUCCGAGAACCAAUGAUGCAGUCGAUUGCAGAAGACCUAAUUGCUGAUGAGCAGAUACCUAUUGCCGCUAUUUACCAAGGAUCAGUUGAUCAAUCAGGAAUAGCAAAUGUGCAGGAGGGAUGUGAAAAGGAUGUCUUACGUGUCGUACCAUCUGCUGGGAGGAGAGGAGCUGUCAGGAAUGCUAACGAGGCUAAUAACGAGUAUAUUGGAAGAUCUGAUAUGUCACCAAUAGCCCUUUCAUCUUUGCGAAAUGCUGAAACACCUGCUUACCUCAGGCAUAGGUAUAUGGAGGAAGAGGAAUUCCAUCUACGAAGGAAUAGAGAUGAAAGAGAGAACAUCAAGGAUGUGAGAGAUAGGUUUCAGGACCGUUCAUAUCGUAGCUCAAGGGGGAAUUUCAUGCCUGAAAGAGGGAGGGGCAGGGACUGGGGCAGUGACCGUGGCCAAUUUCACAGAUCACGUAGAGAUAGGUAUUCUGGGCGUGAUUUUGAAAGGUAUCGGGGUGUAGCUGAUUAUCACUAUAGACGUAAUCAUACAACUGUUGUUCGGGAAUCUGCAAAUGAACACGACUAUGAUAGUAGACACUACGGUGCUGCAUUUGCAAGUAAUAGGAGGAGGAAUGCCUUACAUUCACUUCGACAUCCACCUGCACCUCCUAUUAGAUCCCGUACAUGGUCCCCUCCUUGGAUGAGACAGACGGAACGAUUCAAUGUUCACCACGAUUCAUCUCAGCACAGGUUUCCGGUUAUGUACAGAGAAGAUAGAAUGAGGUCUUCUCCACGAACUUCUUUUACUGAAGAAGCAAGAGCUCCUCAAAGGCGUGAGCGCUCUCCAACUUAUACUGCUCGUCAUCUGAACGAUACGAGAGAUGUGGAUGCUGUACAAGAGCACAGGCAUCCGAGGUCUCUUUCUAGCAGACGAAGUCCACCUUAUAGGACGAGAGUUGAGAUUUUAGAUCAUCAGGAGAGGGCUGAUGGUAGAUUUCCCGAGCAUCACAGUGGUGAACGUACUGACAAGAAAAAGGAAGUAUCGCGAAGGGAGAGGAGAAGCUACUACGCAAAUGAAAAAUGCCGAAGAUGA